CUCUCUCUCAGUUCUCACUAAAGGUCAAUGGACAGUAAGUGAAGUACUAGAUUCUACUGAUCUUACUAAAGAGGCCUAUCAACACAAAUAUCAAUCAUUCCUUAAAACAAGACAAUGGUGGCAAGAUCGUUGUUCUAUAGUCUAUCCAACAGAAAAGGAAGUACAACAGCAGCAGUACAUACAAGUACUGCAACACGAGUUAAGAGUAUUUGAAGUAAAUAAAACCUCACUGCAGGAAGCACUCCUUGAGGCUAGUCAGCAAGGUGAUGUUACUGAUGAUACUUACACUAAGACUCCUCCUCCUCCUGCUAGUGUUGAUGAUUCUAAAGUGAAGAGUUCAAUACAAGAAUGGAAGAACAUUACUGAAGAGAUUGAGAAACUUAAAGCUAAUAUAAUGAUGCUGACUGAAGAGAAAUCAGAAUUAGAGGAAAAGAAUGAGAAUUCAACUGAAGAGAACGAGAAACUUAAAGCUAAAGUUGUUGAUAGUGAAACUUAUAUAGCCACACUGACAGAGGAGAAAACUUUAACUAAUGAAGAGAAUGAGAAACUUAAAGCUCAAGUAUCUGACAAAGAUAUGCUGAUAGCUAAACUGAUGAAGAAAGAGUCACAACUAAAGGAAGAGUUGCAGUCAAUGAAAGAUAUUUCAACUGAUACUAAGAGUAUUCAAUGUGACUACUGGACUAAAGCAGAAUUACCAUUUGAUGGUAUGGUAACAUUGGGUAAGAAGGUCUGUCUGUAUAAUGCUAACAGUAGUCAUGAGUUAGUGUUGGAUGAAUGUGGUCUUACACUCUCUCUACCUGAUGGACUUUUCUCUCCAGCGGAUAGCACUGUCUAUGAAGCUGCUGCUCAAGGUCUAUGGGGAGGAGAUUUUGAGUUCCCUGGAGGCACACAUCUGAUCAGUAGUGUGUGUUACAUAUCUGUGUCUCCUACUGUUCCUCAACUGGAUAAACCAGUGACUGUAGAGCUAGUACAUUGUGCUCAUUUGAGCUCUGAAUCUCAGAGUGAAUAUCUGAGCUUUGUAAAAGCUGAGGUUCAAGCUGGUAGACAGUGCGGCCCUUUUAAGUUUGAGUUGUUACCAGGAGGAUCAUUCUCACCUGAGUCUCAGACUGGUACUAUAGAAUUGAAGAGUUUCUCACUGGUUGCUAUUGUGAUGGGUGUUGCUGCUCUUGUUGGAGUAGCAGGAUAUGCUGUAAGAGCCUUUACUAGAGCUCCUGCCAUGAAGUGUCUUGCUUUAAUUUAUAAAAAAUGUUUUACUGACAAGGCAAUGAUGAGUCUAGCUGCAAUACAGAAUAUGGGUCAUUUAAAAAAGUUGAUAAAGGAAGACAGCAUUGGCAUAGAGACAUUACUGGGUACUCAGAUAUCAAGCUUUCAUUUUCAAUUUUCUGAUGACAAGUCACUUGAAGUGAAAGACUUUCCUUUAGAUACAAUUGAUGGUUGGAAGAUAAGUCCAUUCAAUCCCCCACUGAUAAGUAAAAAUAAUGUUGUUGAUUAUAGCAGUUCAAGUGCUGAGCCUCCAUACAUUCAAGUAUCAGUAAAACCUGAUCAGUCCAAGACUGAACUUGUUGCUGAUGAGAUGUCCCAUGCUUUAUCUAUUGAUGGUAUACAAACAUCAUCUGAUGCAUCUACUGUUCAAUGGAAUAUUGAAGUAUCUAAGAAUGAAUUAUUAUCAGCUACUCCUUCACCAAUCAUUCGAACAGUUGUUACUGCCACAGCAACUGAAAGUGUACGAGCAGAAAUUAUUGCACCAGUUAUGCCAGAAGUUGCUUAUAGAGUGAUGUCAGAAUGUAUUUCAGCUUUCAAACACUGUGGGAUUGAUCUUCACUUCUUAGCAGAGAAGUUAUUAGAGAAGAAGAUAAUAAAUAAUAGACAAAAGAAGAAAACCACUGAUGAACACAGUGGACGUACCACUGACCAGAGAAUGGAUCAACUACUUGACAUUAUUAAAGACUCUGUACAACAAGAGGGAAAGGUUUUUGAGUAUAUUUUAGAAAUACUCAAAGAUGAAGAUACCAUACUAGCUAACAAACUGUAUGAUGAUAUGAUUAAUAAAUAUGAACAAUAUAAAUCAUUGUAAUAGUACGUGCUAACAUGACCUUUUUUAUUAUUAUUUCAACU